GAGUAGCGGCCGUUCGAAGCGUCUGUGUUUGCCGGUGUAAUCAACUAAAAAUUGUUUAAAAAAAAUUGUAAGCACGUGUCUACCAAGAGAUAAAAAAUAUUUCAUUAACAGUAAAAACACAUAAAGUUCAAUUAAAACCAUAAAAAAAUGUUGGUUUUAUUUGAAACCCCAUCGGGGUUCGCAAUAUUCAAGCUACUCAAUGAAAGUAAGUUGGAAAAGACAGAAAAUUUAUACAAAGACUUCGAAACUCUUGAAGGGGCAAGCAAAUUAUUAAAACUAAAACAUUUUGAGAAAUUCUCCGAUACAACAGAAGCCCUAGCAGCAACGACAGCAGCUGUAGAAGGAAAACUAUGUAAAGGUUUGAAAAAAACCCUCAAAAAAUACUGUACUGAGGUGCAAGACCAGUUGGCAGUGGCAGAUGCUAAACUUGGGAAUGCAAUAAAAGAAAAACUGUCGUUAUCAUGUAUCAGUAAUUCAUCGAUACAAGAACUGAUGCGAUGUAUACGAAGUCAGAUGGAUGGUCUUCUAGCAGGAUUUCCAAAGAAAGAAAUGACUGCUAUGGCCUUAGGAUUAGCUCAUAGUCUGAGUCGAUAUAAAUUAAAAUUUUCACCUGACAAAAUAGACACAAUGAUUGUUCAAGCGGUAGGGUUGCUUGAUGAUCUAGACAAAGAACUCAAUAAUUACAUCAUGAGAUGUCGAGAAUGGUACGGAUGGCAUUUUCCAGAGCUUGGAAAAAUUAUAACAGACAAUAUAGCAUUUGUAAAAGUAGUAAAACUCAUUGGAACCCGUGAAAAUACCGCAAACACAGAUCUUUCCGAUAUAUUACCAGAAGAAGUGGAAGAGAAAGUGAAAGAAGCUGCUGAGAUUUCAAUGGGAACUGAAAUAUCUGAUGAUGAUAUUCUUAAUAUCCAACAUUUGUGUGACCAAGUGAUAGAAAUUUCACAAUAUAGAGGUCAACUUUAUGAUUAUUUACGAACUAGAAUGAUGGCUAUGGCUCCAAACUUGACAGUUUUAGUUGAAGAAUUAGUAGGAGCUCGUUUAAUAUCAUCUGCAGGAUCUCUUAUCAAUUUAGCUAAACACCCAGCAUCAACUAUUCAAAUUCUCGGUGCUGAAAAAGCUCUUUUCAGAGCUCUGAAAACCAAAAAAGACACUCCCAAGUAUGGUUUGAUCUAUCAUGCACAACUGAUCGGUCAAUCAUCAACAAAGAAUAAAGGAAAAAUGGCAAGAAUGUUAGCAGCCAAAACAGCAUUGGCUACCAGAGUUGAUGCUCUCGGUGAAGAUGGUAAUUUUGAUCUUGGAACAGAACACCGAGCAAAACUGGAAUCAAGAUUGAGGAUUUUGGAAGAAGGAAAUUUAAAAAGAAUCAGUGGUACUGGUAAAGCUAAAGCGAAAUUUGAGAAGUAUCAUGUUAAAUCAGGGGUAAUUCAGUAUCCAGCUGCUGCAGAUGCAGUUUUUAGUCCUGGUAAGAAAAAGUUACACUCGGAAUCUGAGAAAAAAGGUGUUUUAAUCGAGGAGAUUAAGCAGCAGGAUGAAAUGGAGGGGCAGAAAAAUGAUGGAAACGAAGAUGUGCCGAAAAAAAAGAAGAAGAAAAGGGUAAAGAGUGAAGGAGAAGUCGAAAGUCAAAGAGAUGCUUCUUCGUCGAGUGUUGUAGAUAGCGCGGGUGAGAGCAUCAGUAAGAAGAAAAAGAAGAAGAAGAAGAUGGUGGAGAGAUGAAGAUGAAGAUUGUUUAACUUCCCAGUGGGAAGUUAUACUAAUGGGUUCAAUUUUGCGAAUUCCAAAUUAUGACAUAUCUCCACGUUUCAAGAUCCCCAGAGUCAAAUACAACAGUUUUCCUGUGGAUGUCUGUGUGUGGAUGCGUGCGAAAUGAUUUUUCAUCUCGAUUAUCUGAAGAACACAAAGUGGUAUCGAUGUAAGACUAAUUGCAUUUGAUGCAUAAUUGUGCAAUUUAAUAUUGAUUAGGUUUUCAAAAAAAUUGAUCUAGUUUUUUUUUAGAAAGUUAGUCGUGUGGACCUUUCGGAUUGCACCCAGACCACUGAAAAGCAGUGAUAUUUUACUUUGUUUUUUGCCUGGUUUUAAAUAAUUACUUUUCUUCAACUACACAAUCUUUUAAUUCCAUUUUCUUUCUUUAUCA